AUGUCGACUCAAGGGCAGGAAAAUAAUCCACCGGCACCUCGAAUUCGUCAGGAGGAGUUUAUCAAUGGAAGUGCUGUGGAGAAUGACCAGAAUGAUGUACCCCAGGAAGAACAGGUUACUCCUUUAUCCUUGAUGAUACCGUCUUUCGAGUCUGUGGCGAUGUUGCCCACACCAAUGACCUACACGCCGCCUGCCAGUUUGCCAAAAUCUCCCAAGCAAAUGCUCGUAAACCCUAAGAGGAGAGGUGAAUCCAAUCAAGCUCAAAGAGUUGAUGCUGGACUACAACAUCGUGUUAUAUCUGAGCUGUUUCCUCUUCCUGAUAAUGCACAACAAAGAGUGAGCUCUUUACCAACCGUUAGCGAAACUUCCUCAUCCAAUAACUUUUCACUGCCUGCGAAGAGUGAAACUGUUGGGCCAGAAAGUGCUGAUGACGAGUCAAUUUUGACUGGAUAUGCCUUAGACAAUCUGGAUGUGCCGCUGAGAUGGCGCAAAGUGAGACAGAUAGGUUCGGGAAAUUUUAGCAAUGUGUUCCUCUACAAGUCUAUCGAUAAAGUGACUAAUCCAGAAUUGCGACAAGUAUCGGUGAAGAGGGUCAAAUAUCCCGAAGAGUUGACGAACAAACGCUCUGUGAAUGAGCAACUGGCGAAAGAACUACUCUCAAGAUUAGAGAGCUCUUUGACUAGAGAGUUGGCUAUCCUAAGAAGUUUAGAUCAUCCAUGCAUUGUUAAGUUAUUCGGUGUGAAUAAUCCCAUCUUUAUCAAAAGCAAGAAACCGCUGAGAGACUUGAUGUUACACGAUGACAGACUGCCGCUUUGUGACAUGAUUAUGUCCUACUGCUCUGGUGGAGAUCUUUUGAUGGCGGCAACAAGUUGCAAUGGGAAACUCAAAUUACCGUUGAUUCAGAGACUCUUCGCUGAACUUGUCAUGGCAGUUCAGUAUUUGCAUGAUAAUAACGUCAUUCACAGAGACAUCAAGCUGGAGAAUGUACUUCUCAAGUUCCCAUUGGAGGUUAUAAUCGAUAUGAGCGACUCUCCAGUUUACAUGAAACACAAUUUUAUAGAGUUAGCAGAUUUUGGUCUCUGCAAGAAAAUCGAGCCUGGUGAGUUAUGCACCGCUAGAUGUGGUUCUGAAGACUAUGUGUCACCGGAAAUUCUCAUGGGUGUCCCAUAUGAUGGCCGUCUGAGUGAUACAUGGGCGCUGGGUGUCAUAUUAUAUGGUCUCUUGGAAGAUAGAUUACCGUUCGACCCACCACCUAACGCUUCCGCAAGACAAAGAAACAGAGCCACAUCUCACAGGAUUGCACGCUACGAAUGGAAGUGGUUUCGAUUACAUGAUAAAGACCUUUCUGCCAAGGAGAUCGUUGAGCAUACUUUGACUAGAAAGAGUGAAAGAUGGACGAUUAAUCAAAUUAGAGAAUCAGCUUUUAUCAAGACAACUGCCGAUAUUCUACCUUUCUAA